GCCCCGCCCCGGGAGAGAGCCAGCCCCGCGGCCGAGCUCAGCGCAGCCGGAGCACGACAGCUAGGCCAGGCAACAGCGAGGCUGCCCAGGGCGCAGCAUGACGGCCAUCGGCGCGCAGGCCCAGAGGCUGCUGGGCCCUAAGAGGCCCCACCGGUCCUUCUUUGAGUCCUUCAUCCGGACGCUCAUCAUCCUGUGCACUGCCCUGGCUGUGGUCCUCUCUUCAGUCUCCAUCUGCGAUGGCCACUGGCUCCUGGUGGAGGACCGUCUCUUUGGGCUGUGGUACUUUUGUGCCGUCGGCAACCACAGUGGACCCCACUGCAUGAGAGACCUGAGCCAGGCUCACGUGCCGGGGCUGGCUGUGGGCAUGGGCCUAGUGCGCAGUGUGGCCGCCUUGGCUGUGGUGGCUGCCAUCUUUGGCUUGGAGCUGCUCAUGGUGUCCCAGGUGUGUGAGGAUGUCCGCUCUCGACGGAAGUGGGCCAUUGGUUCUUACCUCCUGCUGGUCGCCUUCAUCCUCUCCUCUGGGGGGCUCCUUACCUUCAUGAUCCUCCUCAAGAGUCACAUCACCCUAAUGGGCUUCACCCUGAUGUUUUGGUGCGAGUUUACUGCCUCCUUCCUCUUCUUUCUCAACGCUGCCAGCGGCCUUCACAUUAACAGCCUCACCCAGCCCUGGGACCCGCUAAGGAAAAUCUAAGGCCCCUCCAGGGGGCGCUCUGGCUUCCAUAAGAGAGUGUGGUCAUGAUGGGACUUCUCUUGCAUAGGACCAAUGGCUGGGAUUGAGUGGGACGAUGAUCUUGAAGCUGCCUUUUAGACACUAAGCUCUAGAAAUGGCCCUGGGUGGGCGGGUGCUCUUCAGCUGCCCUCCAGGCCAGAGGCCAGAGGAUUGCCUCAGAACUAUAGCACAGCAAGCUGUAGAGGUUAGCCAAGCUAUUAAGAUGUCAAUUCUAAAAUAAGAAGACUGUUGUAAAACUUC